UUGUGGCUCGUUGCGUCACCGCCUUCGCUCCCUUAGCGGCCCGACGUACAGACGACCUCCUGGCCCGUGCCCCCUGACACAAAAGUACCCUCGGGAGUCCCAGGGGCAUUGGGCGAAGAAGACAGCAUUGGAUAAGAGGCAAUAAAGGGAGAAGAGUGCAAAAAAGAGCUUAGAUUAAAAAUGGUCCUUCGUCUGUCUUCUCGCGUAGGACUCCUCCUGAGGGCGUCGAGGACCUCCUUCGGGGCGGCGGACUCGAGGGCCUUCGCCGCUGGAGGAGGGGGGGGAGGCGGGGGAGGGGAGCUGGCGAAGACCGAGGGAUCCUCUGCUGCUGCUCCUGCUGCUUCUGCUCCCAAGGGGAACAUCGGAUUAAGGGAUCAUCGAAUCAACAGGUUUGAGAAAUUUUUGAUGGUGUGGGGAGGAAAAUACAAGUCGAUGGUUGACGUGCCAGAUUUUGUCAGCCAAGACUCGUUGGAACGUGCCCGCAACAAGGCAAGAAUCAAGAUCAACCUGCUCAUGGGCCUGGCAACCCUGAUCGGAUGCUUCUUCAUGAUCCUGUCGGGAAAGAAGGCACAGAGAGAAGGGCAGUCGGUCGUCAAGAUGAACGAGGAAUGGCACAAGAAGAUGAGGGAAGAAGCCAGUAAGGCCAAGGCUAAUACAGAAGGGGAGAAAGCGUCUUAGAAGCGCGUUAGGUUCGUAUUGAGAGUUGUUUACCGUUAGUGAUGUGAAUUAUUAUAUUUGUAGAGGGAGGGCAAUGGUGAUAUGUAAAUUGGUGGAAUAUAUAUAAUACUCUUAUUUUAUAUGCCCUGGUUUGAAUAGCAAAUUGAAGUGACCUAGGUAAUGUAUAUUUUUAAAAGUUAAUGUAACUAUCAAAAAUGUAUAUUAACUUUCAAUACACUUGUAUAUAUAUAUUAUAUUAUAUUAUCCUCUGGCAUGUAUUUUAUAUAUUACACAAUUCCUUUUUUAUAACAAUGCAAAUGUAAAGUUAUUUACCAUAAGCUCCUUUAACUAUUACUGUUAUUAUUAUUAUUAUUUAUCUUUUUAUUUUAUUGUUACCAGUUUGUAUGUGAGGAAUGAAUUGUAAAACAUAGAUUUUUGAAAGAUGUCAAUGAAAAUGUGAAACAUCAAGAUUUAUCUUUUAUUUCCCUGCGAAGAAAAUCACAGGUGAUCUUUUGAGCUUUUGUUUAAUCUUUAUACUUCAGGCUAACCUUUGCUUUAUAUUAUUAUUUACUUCAGAUUAUAACAUUCUUGCCAGAUUUUCUUAAGAGUAUGGUGAUUCAGUCAGAAUACUUUGACAGUUUUUUCUGUGUGUUUUGAUUUUUAAAGAAAAUUAUUUGGCCACAGAUCUCUUCAGAAAUCUUUUUCUCAUUCACCUGCAAGAUGGAUUUGUAUACUUAGAAUAAAAAUUUGAAGAUCCUUGUAAUGUGGGAUGACUGA